AAGUCGAAGGAGAGUGUAGAAUAGGUCGUUUCGCACCAAAUUACUGCAAAUGGGAGCUCUUGUGAGUUUCUUGUUAAUGGCUGCGUGUUUCUUUAAGAUGGUUCUUCACGAAUUGAACUGACCUAAGAAUCUGAUUGAUCGUGCGGCCUUCUUUGGUUAGAACUUAGAAGGAACAUGGAUGGGGUAAUAUUUCCUGUCGACUCGUUUCUGACGGUCCAUGCCAAGCUAUCCAUAGCGAUGUGCGAAUUGGGACUUUAUGUGGGGUCAAUUAUGUUAGAUUUUGUGAGGGAACAGCCUGCUUUGUUGAACUUUCUGUAAGAUUGUGGGAGGUCUCACCAUGAUCAAGAAGUCGUCGAGUAGAAAUCAGAGAUCUAAAGGGGUGAAGAUAAAACAUGGUCUUCAGAUUUUACUUUUGCUUGGUAUAUGCUUCUGGUUGAUAUAUCAAGUUAAGUACUCACAUGAUAAGAAGAGGGAACUGAAUGAGAAAGAUUCCAAGACAUCGGUGAAAGAUGACCAUGGUGAUGCUGUGAUAUUUGGGAGGAAGGAUCUUCGUCCUCGUCGGGAUGAAACGCUCACUAAUCAUGUGGAAGAUGAAGACGAAAGCAGAGAUGAGAAUGAUGAAAGUAAGCGUGAUGAAGAGCAUGAUGAAGAAACAAGUAAGCAUGAGGAAGAGCAGGGAGAAGAGGUGAAUAAACGUGAACAUGAUGAGAGAGAGGAUGCAAACGAGAGUGUAACAGAUCAAGAAGCUGCAGGUGGACAUGAAGAGGAAGAAGAGCACGAAGAAGAGGAAAAUAGGAUUGAUGAUCUGGAAGUACUGAGAGAAGCUGGAGAGGACGAGAUCGAUGAGCCAGACGAAGAGAAAUUGCAGGGAGAACUUGAUCAUGAGGAGGAGUUCAUUGAUGACGAGAAAGAGAGAGAAGAGGAUAAUGAUGAGAAGGAGACUGAAGGUGACGACGGGGAUGAUAAAGAAGGUCAAGCGGAGGAUGAGAAUGUUUCGGAGGAUGAAGAACAUGACGAGAGUGAGAGCAGUCAUAGUAGACACGAGGCACGUGAACAAAAUUACAAAGCUGAUGAUGCUUCCAGUGCAGUUACCCAUGACGUCCAAACUGCAUUGAUAGACACGGACAAGCUAGGUUCACACGAUGCCGAUGACAAUUCUGGAUCAAGCAAAACAGGUCAGGAAAGCAACUCGACCAUCUCUAGCCAAAUUAAUGAUGGUCAGGAUAUCUUGAGGUCAAAUAUGGAAGGAAAUCAAGUUGCUGAAAAGGCUGCAAAUUCCAGUGAAGUGGUAAGUGAAAUUGAGGAUCAUGAUGAUGCCAAGGCAAGCCUCGCAAAUAGUUCGCUUCUGAAACCAGCCGUUACUACCAAAGCUAAGGACCAAGAAAAUGCGGUAGUCAACUCCUCGGAAGUGAAUAUGGGAUCUAGCAAUAACUUGACAAUGACUGGCCCAUCGAUCAAUGGGACUGAGAACAUCUUGGAUUCACCUCAAGCUCAAAAUCGAACUGUGGUUGGUGCGCAUGCCAGUGAUGGCUCCGACCAGCAAAAUAUUAGGGUGGAGAUGGCCAAAGCCUCUACCAGGAAUUCUUCUGGCGGCGAAUCUGACUCAACUUCAUCAAUUUCCACUACUGGAGUGGCGAACUCGUCGAAUGUCACUAGUGGUCAGACAUCAGCAGUAUCGGGUGAGAACAUCAACUCCGACACGAAAGGUGAAGCGGAGAACGUUUUGAAACUACCUUCAAUGAAGAAAGAGAAUGAUGUUCAUACCCAUAAGGAGACAUUGGAUCGCCGGAGUGAGGCAGGCAGUAGUAACACCAGCUAAUAUGUCAACUUUCCGAUUGACGGGAACCGCAAGACUCGUGUGACACUUAAAAGCUGUCCUCGCUGCAUCUUCGGAAUUUUUUUUUUUUUUUUGGAUUUGCUGGAGACAAGGCAAACGGCUGGACUUUAGAUACAGGUGAUAUGCUUCUUGGGCUCUGAAGGAUGUAUGAAUUUUUGGUUUCUUUCUUUUGUAGGGUCCUCUUUUCUUUUUUUGCUUCUGUGUUUUGGAAUGUGCAAGAAGCCUCUUCUUAUCACUGCAUAUGACUAUAGGGAAUCAACCUCUAACUACUGAACUACAAUCACCACUCUUUAGGCUAA